AUGGGUUUGAAGAAAACACCAAAGUUGCUGAAGGAAGAAUCACCUGACCAACCUAGUUCAUCUCUGAAGAAGGUAUCGAAAUUGCCAUCAGACGAGAAAGAGCAAGAAACUGUCAAGCUUAAACCAUUUGAAAAACCUGCUAAACCGGGAACUGUUGAGCCAGAGAAAGACAAAAAAGACAGUGAAUCCAGAGCUGCUUACGAUAGAAGUGAGAGACCACAAAGAGAUGAAGCAGUUAAAGAAUCAGUUUCUGCUCCUAUGAAGAAAUCUGAAACCAUCGCAAAGGAUACGAAAGAGCCACAGGCAGCCAAAUUUAAACCAGUGGCCAAAGCUCCUGAAGAUGAACAAGUCAAAGAGUCUGACAAACCACUGACAAAGGUGAAGAAAAUGCCUCCGCAGGAGCAAGAGAAGGAAGAAGUUAAAUUGAAGCCAUUUUCUAAGUCACCAAAAGCUGAAGCUGUGAAGCCUGAGAAGGAGUCUGAGAAGAAGAAAGAGGCUGAAAAAACUCUUCAUCAAAAGCCAAGUCCUCCAAAACCAGUACCUGUAAAGAAAAUUGAAAAGAGUCCUCAAGAGGAAAAGCCAACACAAUUAAAAAAGGUGGAGCUUGUGCCUAAAGAACCAGAAGAAAAAGACAAACCCUUAAAGCAUGAAGAGACACUUAAGAAAAAGGUGGAACUGAAAAAGACUCCCUCACCUAAGGUUGAAAAACCAAAGCCAAAAGAAAUUGAAAAAAUUAUUAUGGAGAGGAAGCCCAGUGCAGAACGCACCAAAAAGCUGCCUAGACAGGUUUCACCUAAAGAUUCAUUUGAAGGUGUUACCCUAAAAAAGGUUCCAAAGAAAAUAUCACCAGAAGAGGAAGCACCACAUAAAACUGUUAAAGAGAAGGUGCCAGCAAUGAAAGAACUGUCCCCUGUACAGUUACGAAAGAUUUCAACUCAGUUGGAGGAGGAAGUCUUUGAGGAGGAGCCAGAGAAGGAGCUGGAAUCUGACAAUGAAGGUUGGGGAUGGGAACUUGUCCCUCGAGAUAGUUCUGGGUCCACAGAAGACUGGGGAGAAGAACCUUUGGAAGGUGAUGCACGUGAGACCCCUGGAAUGCCAGGUGCCAGCAGAGGUGAGAUUAUGGCUGCUGAAACUUACCACUGA